AUGGCUACUGAAAAUACCUCGAACCGGGCCGGGUUGAUCCUAUCCAGCACCAAUUCGAUUCGGGAUUUCCUUUCCGGAGCCUCCAACGAUCCCACUAUCUCCUCUCAACUCCGGCAGACUUCCUCCGAACUCCUCAUCCAAUCUGAAAUACCGUACGAGCCACUACGUGCUGUCUGGAUCGCCUCUGAUCCAUCCACCAGACCCGAAUUGAUCCGACUCUUAUCCGGUACCGGCUUCGUCUUCUCAAGCCCUAAACCCAGAGAAAAGAGUGAAGAACUGAAAGCAAGGUUAAAAAAGUUGGAAGAUUUAGCUGAGAGGAAAGCAUAUAAGGAGCUUGUUAAGGAUAUUGCACCAAAGGAAGAUGUUCAAGAACCUUUCUCCUCUUACAAGGAUCAAUUAGGAUUUGGUUUGCAUGUUAUUGUCACAAUGUUUACUGGCUAUCUUGUUGGAUUUGCAGCAUUUAGAGCUUUGUUUGAUCACAGUCCUGCCAUGAAUGCUGCUGGAGGAAUUCUUGGGUUGGUGUGUGCCAUGCUUGUUGAGACUUUUCUUUUCAUUAUUAGAAGUUCCAAUCCAGAUGCCAACAAAACAAGAAAGCCCAAUCCAAAAUCCAGAUCAUCCUUUUCCACAUCCAGUCUCAAGAAAAACCUGUAG